ACUGGGACUCGGCUUCUCCGACCAAGCUGCGCCAUCUGAACAGCGUCAAUCCCAUGGCGCGGUUCCUGAGACUCUGCACUUGGCUGCUGGCGCUCGGUCCCGGGCUCCUGGCGACCGUGCGGGCAGAAUGCAGCCAGGAUUGCGCGACGUGCAGCUACCGCUUGGCGCGCCCGACCGACCUCAACCCGCUGGCUUGCACGCUGGAAUGUGAAGGGAAGCUUCCUUCUCUCAACACCUGGAAAGUCUGCAAGGAGCUGCUGCAGCUGUCCAACCCGGAGCUUCCUCAAGAUGGCACCAGCGCCCUCAGAGAAAGCAGCAGACAGGAGGAGAGUCAUUUGCUGGCCAAGAAGUAUGGGGGCUUCAUGAAAAGGUAUGGAGGCUUCAUGAAGAAAAUGGAUGAGCUUUAUCCUCUGGAACCAGAAGAAGAGGCAGAUGGAGGUGAAAACCUUGCCAAGCGAUACGGGGGCUUCAUGAAGAAGGAUGCAGAUGAGGGUGACACCCUGGGCAAUUCCCUAGACCCGCUGAAAGAGCUGCUGGGAACAGGGGACAACCGAGAGAGCAGCCACCACCAAGAGGGCAGCGAUGAUGAUGAAGAAGUGAACAAGAGAUAUGGGGGCUUCAUGAGAGGCUUAAAGAGAAGCCCCCAGCUGGAAGAUGAAGCCAAAGAGCUGCAGAAGCGAUACGGGGGCUUCAUGAGAAGAGUGGGUCGCCCAGAGUGGUGGAUGGACUACCAGAAGAGGUACGGGGGCUUUCUGAAGCGCUUUGCCGAUUCUGUGCCCUCCAAUGAAGGUGAAGGUUAUUCAAAAGAAGUACCUGAAAUGGAGAAAAGAUAUGGAGGAUUUAUGAGGUUUUAA